AUGCAAUUCAUUCUAUUUGGAGUUUUAGUACUGGCGGUUGUUUCAGCUGGCUGCCUUGAUCCGAACGCGAAAGUGCCUGAACUUGUUAAAACUGCUCAGCCCUACACAUUUUUAGGUGAUGAGGUUCUUCCCAAGUCCUAUGAUCCUCGCGAUAUUGAUGGUCGCAAUUACGUAACGGUAACAAAGAACCAGCAUAUUCCCCAAUAUUGUGGUUCUUGCUGGUCUUUCGCUUCUGUGUCUUCUGUGUCGGAUCGACUGAAGUUAAUGACGAAGGGAAAGUGGCCUGUUCAUGAUUUGUCUCCUCAGGUGAUUCUUAACUGUGAUCACAACUCUAAUGGUUGCCAGGGCGGUCAUCCUCUUACGGCUUUCAAGUACAUGCACGACCAUGGUGUUCCUGAAGAAGGAUGCAUGCGUUACAUGGCUAAAAACAUGGAGUGUACUGACAUCAACAUUUGCCGUGACUGUGACUCCGAGAAGGGAUGUUUUGCAGUGAAGAACUACACAAAGUACUAUGUGGAUGAGUAUGGAAGUGUUGCUGGCGAGAAGAAUAUGAUGAAAGAGAUUUAUGCUCGUGGUCCUAUUACCUGCUCGAUUGCGGUUCCCGAUGAUUUGAUGGAGUACAAGGGCGGAAUCUACAGAGAUACUACUGGAGCGAAAACGCUCGAUCAUGCCAUUUCUGUGGUUGGAUGGGGCGAAGAAGACGGUCAGAAAUACUGGAUCGCUCGUAAUUCGUGGGGUACUUUCUGGGGCGAGAAGGGCUGGUUCCGCAUUGUGCGUGGCGAGAACAAUUUGGGCAUUGAAGCGGAUUGUCAGUGGGCUGUGCCGCGUGUACCGGAAGAAAUGAUUCUGAACGACCAAAUGCGUUCGCAGCGAAAUCGUGCUCGCUACUUCCCUCGCUCCUGCUUGUUGAAGGAUGCGAAUAGAAUGAAGGAGCACGUUGUGUCUCCGAGACCGCACACCUACAUCAAGAGCGAGGAUAUCCCGAAGAACUACGAUAUUCGCAACAUCGAUGGCGUGAACUACGCGACGUGGGACAAGAACCAGCACAUUCCUCAGUACUGCGGAUCGUGCUGGGCGCAGGCUCCGACUUCGGCGCUGUCGGAUCGUAUCAACCUGAUGCGUAAGGGCAAGUGGCCCACUGUGGAGCUGUCUGCACAGGAAGUCAUCAACUGCAGCAAUGCUGGAACCUGCGAUGGUGGUUCGGAUGCUGAUGUGUUUGAAUAUGCUUUUAAUGAGGGUAUUCCGGAUCAGACUUGCCAGGUGUACGAGGCAAUCGACAAGGAAUGCAAUGACAUGGCUCGCUGCAUGGACUGCCCGCCCGGCGAAGACUGCUAUCCUGUCAAGGACUAUAAGCGAUACAAGGUAUCGGAGUAUGGAGAAGUGAAGGGAGAAAUGGAAAUUAAGGCAGAGAUCUUCGCGCGUGGACCCGUGUCUUGCUCGAUGAUUGUCACGGAGGAGUUUUUGGCUUAUCAGGGAGGCAUUUUUGUGGACGACAGAGGCCAUAUCGUCGGUUAUCAUGCUGUGGAGGUUGCUGGCUGGGGCGAGACGGAGGAUGGAACGAAAUACUGGAUUGCCCGUAAUUCCUGGGGUCCCUACUGGGGAGAGCAUGGCUGGUUCCGUAUGAUCGUUGGCGUGUCGAAGGGAUUGAUCACUGGCUAUUGCAAUUGGGGAGUUCCCGUUAUCGAUUUCUGA